GUACACGAAGUCUCACAUUUCGCGGAAAAUUACGUGCUACGGACAUACACAAAAAGAGACGCCCUCCAAUUAUUACAAGAAGAGUUCGAGUUCGUUGGUAAACUGUUUCACUGUCUGAUUCUCUCUCUCUCUCUGCUGCAGUUUUUCAGUAGCCAGACACGUUCUGAAUUCUUGUUAAGCUCCACAUAAGAAGAGGGAAACCAUGUCGAUGCAAAAGAGAGCUCUGCCUUCCUCUUCUUCAGGUCAACCAAGUCAACCCAAGAGGCCGUGCUUCCCUCCAACCGAUCAAGCAUGGAACGGGUCCGAGACAAAUAUCAUGCCGUGUCGCUGUUUGACAAAGGAGGAUGUGCGGAGUGUGGUCAGGGAAGAGCUGGAGCGAGCUAAAUCUCACUCGGCAGAAUGUCAAUGUUGCUCUGGUUAUGCUCUUGAAGAAAAAGUGCAACGGAUGCUCUCAACAAUAAUAGAGCAUGCUGUUCAGAAACUGCAGAACCAACCAUUGGAGCUAGCAAACAUUCACUCAUCCCACCUUGCAAGGGUUAAUACUAAAUCCACAGCAAAGAAUGAUGCGAGAAAGUUGCGGCUUCAGCUUCGAACCAAACUGUCACUUCCUCUAUUUACUGGAAUGAAACUAGAAGGAGAUGGGAGAGCUCACAUUUACGUUACCUUGAUUGAUGUGAGUACAGGGGAUGUCGUUACAACAGGCCCGGAAUCCUCUAUUAAGUUGGACGUCGUCGUGCUUGAAGGUGACUUCAACAAAGACGAUGAGGAUAACUGGACCCAAGAAGAGUUUGAGAACCACAUAGUUAAACAACGUGAAGGAAAGAGGCCACUUUUGACUGGAGAUCUCCUAGUGACGCUCAAGGAAGGCAUUGGGGAGCUGGGAGAACUCAUGUUUACCGACAAUUCCAGCUGGAAUAGGAGUAAAUCUUUCAGGAUAGGGCUUAAGGUGGCCUCGGGUUACUGUGGGAACACACGAAUCCGAGAAGCAAAAACAGAUGCCUUCCCUGUCAAGGAACAUAGAGGAGAAUCAUACAAGAAACAUUAUCCACCUGCAUCUGACGAUGAGAUCUGGAGGUUGAAGAAGAUUGCCAAAGAUGGGAAAUUUCACCAAAAACUAAGUGAAGCCGGAAUAAAGAAAGUGGAGGACUUUCUGCUGCAACUGUAUACGAACUCUAAGAAACUGAGAGAGAUUCUUGGAAAGAGCAUCAUACCGAAGAACUGGGAUAUCCUUGUAGAUCAUGCAAGGACUUGCAAAAUAGAUCGGAAACUUUAUUUGUACUAUUCUGAUGGCAUGAGGAAGCAUGGUGCUGUAUUCAACACUGAUUGUCAACUGAUUGGUCUAAUCAAAGACGGGGUAUAUUUGGCUACUGAUUGGCUUUCUGUCCAAGACAAGGAACGUGGAGAUACAAUCGUGAAAAUGGCCUUGGAUAACUUGACUGAUGUCAGUGAGUUCAAUGGUGAGACCUUUUCUGGUUCAAUGCAGAAGGAAAGCUCAAGCUAUAUUCCAUCUCAAGUCUUGGUAGGACAAUUUGAAAAUCCCACCCCAGUUCAACGUUAUUUGGCUCCACCAAUCUUGCCAGCUCCAGUUGGUCCAGAAGCUCCUCUGACAAAUGCAGGCUUCACUGCUGAAGGACUCAAUGGUGCAACGGCUUCAACAUUGCCAGUUCAGUCACAAAAUACCAAUUCUGGAAACUCCAUGGAGAUUUCAGUUGAUGAAAAUUUUCGUCUAGCUGCACAUCGGCCCAUGUCUGCGGACCGCUUGAAUGUACUGAUUCCCCUGGGAGAUCAUGGUAGUACUACUGCCGGAUCGCCAACACGGUCCCAUGGUAUCAAUUUUCAGAAUGCCAGGUGUAGCCAAACGAACGAUUCUUCGAGCCAAAUGGACUAUUCAGGAUAUGACGAUGUUCUUCCUGAAGGCGAUCACGUGAUGGAAGAUUUCCAAUCAAUUGAUUCAGGCAUGGUGGAGGAAUGGUUGGCUGAUAGCCCAUCAUAUAAUGACAGGUCCUCUAAGACCCCAUCAACUAGCGGUACCAGCAGAGGUGUUAUUGGCUGGCUCAAGAUAAAGGCAGUGUUGCAGUGGGGGUUCAUCAGGAAGAGAGGUGUCAGACUUGUGGAGUUAGACGAACCACCGAUGGCAGUCCGGGCUUGUUCAUAGUUCUUACUCGCUUUGGGGAAGAUGAUUCUCCAUUUGUUCCUGAUAGAAGUGAUGGCAAUUUCUUUGUUAAAUGAUGGUAAUAUUUCAUUGAUGAUAUUCUUCACCUGUAUGAAGAACAACUUUGUCAAACGCCUUCUUAAGCGACUAAUUUUUUCAUCAGAAAGCGUCUCUCCACUACAGUUCUUU